GACGUCACUUCCCCUUCGGCCGCCUGCCCUCAUAACGGAGCGCCGCCAUGCCUCUCGCAAAGGACCUGCUGCACCCGUCCCCCGAGGAACAGAGUCGGCGACACAAGAAAAAACGUCUCGUUCAAAGCCCCAAUUCUUAUUUUAUGGAUGUGAAAUGUCCCGGGUGUUAUAAGAUCACCACCGUAUUCAGCCAUGCUCAGACAGUAGUACUGUGUGUCGGCUGCUCCACGGUCCUCUGCCAGCCAACAGGAGGGAAAGCACGCCUCACAGAAGGAUGCUCCUUCAGGAGGAAACAGCACUAGUUUGGAGGGUUGGACAUUGUUUAGAGAAGGAGAACCAAACUGGACUCACUUAUCAAGCGACACUGCCAAAGGAUUGCCUAAAGCAAGAGGAGACGGGAGGGAGGAAGAGGAGGAAUGAACCAAGUAAUAAAGAAGCUGUCUGUCUCCAGUGUGUGCCGGCGCACACAGAAAGUACCUUGGCCUGAUGGGGCCAUGCUGAGACUAUCCAUCCUCUUGUCUCUAGUUUAAAAGAACAAAUUAGAAUCUGGAAUAUUUGUCCUCUAAAGCUUAGCAAUAUUCACAUGAGGAUUCUUAAAUGUCAUUUGUCCACUAAAAGACAAUUUUGCCCAUUUAUAGAAUCGAAGGUUAAAAGGUGCAUAUGUCUGUAGGUAAAUACCUGGAGGUUUGUGGAAAUACACUUAUUUACCGGACCCUACAGCAGUCGGCUCCAUAUGAGUUCACUGUUCAGCUUGGUGUGAGGGAGACAAAGACAGCUUCAUGUUCUUGCCUCCGUUCUGGUAAAAAAAGAAAAGGCUGUUCAGCAGUAGACUAUAGCCGUCUACAACAAGGGCAUGACAGUAAAGCCUCUAGAUAUUUUUCCAGGGUAUGCUGAUAUUUUCUUAGAAAAGCUGCACAAAUUGGUGCAGCUGAAGACUGAAAAUGACAUUUAAGAAACUUCAUAUCCUGUGCUACACUGGCGGUCAUGUAUUGCAUUGGCUGCAUUUUGUGAAACAUUGAACAAUCCCUACAGUGUCAAUUAUAAAUUUAUCUGUUGAGAUGACAUGGCUGUGAAACUUAUGAGUCGGAGAGGUGUCGUGACGUCGACAUGUGCUCCAGAUCCAGGGGUGUCUGCGCAGGGCCGCCCCGCUGUCAGAAGCUGAUCCAGGGAGGGAGAAGACCAGUCCUACUACCGUUGCUGUCCACUGAUGAUAACACAACACAGUGAUGCAACGCCAGUGGAUGUCCUCAUGUUCAAAACUGUCAUUAGGCAUAUUUAAAACGUCUUUGAGUUCGAUGAAAAGCACUAUAUAAAAUUAAUGCAUUAUUAUUAUAUGCUUCUUGGAUCUCAUGAAAUCAGUGUGUAAUAAUUGUAACUUGUAACACAGGAUGUUUAAAUGUUGGACAGUGGACAGGGAUAUUCAUGAACAUGAGGGUGUGUAACUUCUGCCAUCACUGUGACUUGUGGGUGUGCAGAUCAGUGGCCCAGUCUGCAUAUGUGACAGGGUUAAGUUGUACAGUGAAAGUAAGACUAGCAAUCGUGUUCCCAUAACGAUUUCAUUGUUGCUAUGGUGACAUUUUGCUGGUGUAUUGGGCAAGACUUGUACCUGAUUAAAGUAAUGGUGAAUGGAA